AUGACAUUAUUAAAUGAAGCAUAUAAAAUUUGGCAAGAAUAUGAAAAUGAAACAUAUCCUGAACCGAAAAAUGUUGACUAUUAUGCAUUAUUUGCAUUUGAUGCAACAUGGUCAUUAAUUAAAUCAUUAGAAGCAUUAUGUUCAUCAACAAUAAAUAAUGCUUCUUCUUCAUGUUUAUCAUUCAAUUCAUCUUCAUUUUGUUACGAUAGUCGUUUUAUUCAAUCUAAUUUAUUAUUAAAUCAACUUGAUAAAACUAAUUUUCUUGGUGUUUCUGGUCCUAUUCAAUUUGGUGAAAAUCAAACAGAUCGAAUAAGUGGUUCAUAUUAUCCAAUAAAAAAUGUUCAAUCAUCUGUAUAUGGUUUAAAUUAUGUAUCUGUAUUAGAAUAUGCUGACCCUGAUAAUUUCAGAGUACCUUUACAAGAAAAUACAAUUGUAUGGCCAGGAAAUACAUUAACACCACCUACAGGUCGAGCUAGUCUUAAAGGUGUUACCUUAAGAGUUGGCAUUAUUCAAUCAGUUCCAUAUACAAUAGUUCAAAAAACAACAGAUUCAAACGGACAAACUACACUAGAAUAUAUUGGUUUUAUACCAGAUUUAAUUGAACGAUUAAAAACAAAUAUUGGAUUUAAUCCGAUUCUCCAAUUAGCACCAUCAAAUCAAACUUAUGAUGGGUUAGUUGAAACAGUAAAUAAAGGUAUUAAUGAUAUAGCUAUUGGUGAUAUUACUGUUAAUUCAAAAAGAAGAAAAUUAGUUGGAUUUUCUAAUGCAAUAUCUGAGACUUCAUUACGUCUUAUUAUUAGAAAUACUCCUGAUGCCAAUCUUGAUCUUUUCGGAUUUUUAAAACCAUUUUCAGUUAACCUAUGGUUAUUAGUUUUAGCUACUUGUAUUUCUUCGGGGAUUUUAAUGUGUAUUAUUGAAAGAAAAGAUAAUGAAAAUUUAACAGAUCGAUCAGUGUCAUCUCAGUUAAUAAUGAGUAUAUGGUACUCUUUUGCUAAUAUGGUUGGAUAUGGAGCAGAUUUUUCUGCUAGUAAUGCUGCUGGACGUCUUUUAACUGGUGGUUUAUAUAUAUUAAGUUUAAUAAUAGUUGCAUCAUAUACUGCUAAUUUAACAUCUAACUUAACAUUAGCUAAAUCGCAAUUCGUUAUAUCUGGUAUUGAUGAUCUUAAGAGUGGAAAAAUACAAUCUAGUCGUGUUGGUGUUCGUGUAGGUACAGUUGGUGAAGCUUAUUAUUUAUCUCAUAUAUCUCACGGAAAUAAAAACUAUUAUCCAUUAACAACCCGACAAAGUUUAUAUGAUAAUCUACUUGCUGGUAAUAUUGAUGUAUCAUUUAUAGAUGAUGGAAUAGGUACAUAUGUAACCAAUAAUGUUUAUUGUAAUUUAACUUUAGUUGGAGCUGGUUUUGAUAUAGGAGUUUUUGGUAUUGUUACUCCUAAACAAUGGUUAUAUGCACAAGAUUUAGAUGUUACUCUAUUAUCAUUGAAAGAAACAGGUUAUCUAGAUGAUUUAAUACAAAAAUGGUUUGCAGUAAGAAAGUGUCCAGAUUCACAAACAACAACAUCAAAUGCUAUGGGAGUUGAAGCUGUUGGUGGUUUAUAUAUUAUUUAUGCAGUUAUUUAUAUUUUAUCUAUAGUUUUAUUUCUAUGGAUUAAAAGACUAAGUGUUAAAAGUGUUUUAUUUGACUCAAAAUUAAGAAAAAAAUUUCAAAAUAAAAGAAAAUAUUCAACGAGAACAAAUUCAGAGAAAAAUUCUCAACAGAGAAAAAAUCAUCAAAUGGCUUUACAAAAUUGUGGACAUUUUUAG